GUGUAUUGUUUGUUUUGAGGCAGAGAGCAGCUCUUUCGCCUCUAUUUUGCGAAUACAAAAUGUAAUCAAACGUGAUUAAUUUGCAAGUGUCUCAUUAGUUUAUCGAUUGUAGACUGUGCCAUAGAAGGUGAGGCAGUUCACGGAAUCUCGAGUGAGGCAGGAAGUGUAUUGGAAAUACACAAUAUACAAUCACAAGGGCCUCAAGUGCUUCAUCAAGUGAUACGAGUUGGAUGGCACUCCAUCUUAUUGGAAUACUCUGAUGAAACGACUGUGAUUAUGGAGAAGACGGCCAAUGGACAAUCUAGUCGGGGCAACAGGAAGACUUUCUUGGGCAUUAUUGCAAGGAAGUCGACCAGAGUUGAACCCCAGAAUGAUGUUACAGCCGAGGAGGAUGUGCAGGAGGCAAGGAACGCAGAGUCUGUGGAUGCCAAUGGCAUUCGGAAGCGAAGCAGUGAUGCAAAGUCACCGAAGAAGUUAGCCAAUAGAUUCAGUGAUCACAUUUCCAGUGGGAUUUGCUGUUCGACUGUUGAUUCACGAGCUCUCACGCCCCCGGGUCUAGUGCGAAGAGGUUCCCGAAGCACACCCAACAGCCCCACGAUCGGUGGUCUGGCUGAGGAAGUGCCAAAGAAGAGGUAUUCGAAGAUGCUCGAGGGCAGUUACAGUCUGGACGAUGGAUCUUCAUCCUCUCGACAGCUUAAUCAGACUUUCACUCCACCAGAGCGACAAUCCAUUGCUGUGUCAGCUUGCAGGUCGCGUCUUAGGAAGAAACUCUUCCCACCAGGAAUGGAUAUCGAGCAGAUAAACAUGUCUGCUCCCAACAUAGCCAGCAAUGAAGCUUCUGAACACAGGAAGAGUCGCUCAUAUUCUUAUGACACUCUGCCUGGUGUCAGCGGAAAUGCCCUUCAACAGAGGCCCACGAGCGCAGAUUCCCUGGCCAGGAACACUUUAAUGGCAGCACAAGUGCUGAAUCUCAUUCCCACUGAAAAGGCCAGAGAGAAGAACUACCUGCAUGGGAAGCUCUCCUACAAUUCCCUCCUUGGGGGCCAUGAACUGGAGAAGGUUCUGCCCAGCCGAGAAGUGAAAAUAUUUGUGGGAACGUGGAAUAUGAAUGGACAAAAUCCACCGAAGCAGAUGAAUGAUUUUGUUCUGCCUGUUGGCAUGGAUCACGUGCCAGAUAUCAUCAGUAUCGGAACUCAGGAGUCUUGCUCAGAGCGUUUCGAGUGGGAAGUCACUCUUCAAGAGACUCUGGGACCCUCUCACAUCCUCCUGCACUCUGCCUCGCUCGGAACCCUACACUUGGCCAUUUUCAUCCGCCGCGACCUGAUCUGGUUCUGCUCUCUACCCGAAGAUGACAGCCUCAGUGUCCGUCCGGGCACGGCAUUCCGCACUAAGGGUGCCGUGGCUAUUUCCUUCUGUCUCUUCGGCACGUCAAUGCUCUUCGUAACGUCCCAUCUCACUGCCCACCAGGCAAAAGUCAAGGAACGCGUACAGGACAUCAAGCGCAUCAUCCACGCUCUCGAUCUGCCUCGGAAUUAUGUGAUUCGCCACAAGAACAAGGACGUAACUCACAACUUUGAUAGCGUCUACUGGUGCGGAGACCUUAACUUCCGCCUCGGCGAGCCGAGAGAGAAGCUCUUGGAGUGGAUAGAGAAUACGCAAUUCCCAUUACCGGCUCACUUGCCGCACGGAUAUCUUCACACGGAUCAGUUGACUUCAGUGCUGUCCGAUGGGGCAGCUUUCAAGGGAUUUAAAGAGGCCAAAAUCACUUUCCCACCAACCUACAAAUACGAUCCUGGCACUCAGCAGUUCGACACGUCUAGCAAGCAGCGCGCUCCUGCGUAUACAGACAGGAUCCUGUUCAAGUACCGUUCCGCUCCUCUUGGCCUGAGACGCGGCAGCUCUUUGCUGCCCAUGCAGAGCACCGUGGAGUGUCUGGCGUAUGACUCAGUGCCCAGCAUUGUCACAUCGGACCACAAGCCCGUCUGGGCGCUCUUCCGGAAUGCCAUUCGACCGGGCUUGGACUCAAUGCCUCUGGCGGCCGGACUGUUCAAUCGAGAUGUGUACAUUGAGGGCAUGCAGAGGCGUCUCAACAAUAAGAACUCAAGCUCAUCUGUUGUCUGCAGUAUUCAGUAACCAUGACCAAAGAUUCCUCCCUUACUUUCCGCGCGAUCCGGCUUCGAUCAUGAUCUCUAAAGACCUGUGAAUAGUUUCAAAAAGAAAAGAAAGAAAAAAUUAGGUGAUGUUAGUGCUCUUAUAUGGAAAACCAAAGACGAUAUGUAAUACUUCUAGUCAAACCCUUUUUCGAAUAUUUCUUAAGACUAUAUUUAUGACACUGACUCAAUAUUUGAAUGUCCAUAUCACGAGAUGGGGAUGCUAAUAAAACCGUCAAAUCGGGUUUUAUCGGU